AGCUCAUUACGACUGCCACACUCUCACCUACCCACCACAUCCAUCCUUUGUCCAUGGCGAACGUUAUAACCACCCAUCACCCUCAUUAUGGUUUUCCUCCAACUCCUAUUCACCACAAACCGCCGCCUCUCGGUUUUGGUUUUGGAAUGUCAUCUACACCAUCAAUGUCAAGUUGGCCAUCGACACCCGUGCAUCACCCCCAGUCGCAAUGGCCCUUAUCCGCCGUAGUGAAUCAAGCGACGCAUAUCAGAAGCUCAAAGAGGCGGUUUGAGGCUGAUGAAGACUCGGAGGAGGGUGGAAGACAUGCCAAAGAUGUUGCGAUGGACAGGAGCCCUACGCCGGAGCGGCCUAAACGCGGGGCUCCCAAACGUGCGCGAACCACGCCUGUUGUAGUCACCGUCUCAAAGGACGAAAGGAACGAGAAAGACAAGGCUGCAAACGAUUCUCAUGAUGUUGAUGUUGGUUUGUUACUUGCCAGUCUACCCCAAGAAUCAUUGCUACCCCUUCUCACUUCUCUUCUCACGCGUCAGCCAUCACUCAAGUCCACUGUGUUGUCUUUGAUGCCUCGACCUAAUCUGGCCACCGCUACACAAGCCAUUGCUAAUGCAUCAAGAAAGCUUCUGGACGCGUAUCCAUACUCAAAUGCCGCAAAUUUGGGGUCGUCCUUCGGCGGUGGUAGCUUUGGCAGUAGUCGGCCUGGUUCCUUUGGGAAUACCUCUGGUUUCGGGAUUGGACGAACUUCACCGUCGUCUUUUGGUCAUCACCCACAGACGACCGGUAUGCGCGAUGAGUAUAUCAUCUCUCGCUUGAGACCCCACAUCGCCGAGUUCAUAUCCGCAUGCUCGUCAUACUUACCCUACUUCUCGUACAUCGGAGCGUUAUCAACUCUGACCACCAAUACCUCCGGCCAAGGACAGACUGCUCGGUCUGAUGCUUCAACACUACAGUCACUUCAUAAAGACAAAUCUCACCCAGCUGAGACGUUCCUUUUUCUACAAGCUGUCAUGAACCAAAUACUGUCUCAGCCACCUCUCACUCGCUCUGAACUGCUGCCAGCAGUUCUUCCUCGCUUAACGGAGGAGUGGGACGCUUGGAUCACGAGGGUGGACGAAGUUGUAAAUAAGGAGGGCGGGAUGUUCGGUGAGGAGGCAGUUAGAGGGUGGGAAAGAGGUCUAGACGAGUUUGCUCAUGCAAAGGGCGAUGGCUUAGAGGUGAUGCGGAGAAUCCGGCAUCGUUGGGUUUCUAAAGUCGGCUGGCUUGUUGGUCGGCAGUUAAUGAUGGAGGAGGAAGUUUAGAUUGGCUGUCAGCGACAGCGUUAUAAUCCGAACCACUGUAACAUGACAUGAUAACGCUUUUGACGAGCUCGCUACAUUCCCAGGUAUCCUGCAUUACACUUUCUUCAUUCACUUGCAUGGUCCACCACACAUUCAUUCAUGUUCUUUUCCCUUCUCAUGCUCACGCCCGUAGUUACUUCUUAUCAGCAUCUGUACCUUCGUUGCAUAAUAGUCGCAUGAAUCAAGGAUACCAUUUGUAAACCUUCAUUCUAAGGCGGUUGCCAUAUUGGGAAUGUCACUCGGUUACGCACGUGGCUGC